AUCGCUCGCAGUUCGUUGGCGCAAAAUCGUUACAAAAAUUUGAAUUCAGUGUUCAGUUCCUUUCACGAUGGCCGAAAAACCCAAGUGCAAGUACCGCAAGGCAUUCCUUCGUGACGUUGACAUCCCACUCGCGACCAGCAACGCCCGCGUCCUCAAACCAUCGGCCGGAACCAACCAACAACAGCAACAAGCCAACGUUGCCCAACCGCCAAAGCAAACCAAAUCCAUCCUCAAGCGGACCAGCCUCGUUUCGACUACUCGACCUGCUCCGGCCCAUUCCAGCAAGUUCAAACAGCCGGAGCUGCACACCGCCCUCAACGUUCAAAAGCAGAUCGAGAAGGUUCAGGGUGCAAAGGUCAAAGCCCCCGCCAGCAUCGGUGAACUAACGCCAAAGAGUCAGAAAUUUGUGCGGAAUCAGAUCACCCGCAAGCUCAACUUCCAGCACGACGACAACGUGUUCAAGGGUCUGGUGCCGGUCAACGUGAACGAUUCCGUCCUCAUUCCCGCCCGGAAGCGACCGUUGCGCAGCAAGUUCGUGGCCAAGGAGAAGCGCGACCCGGAGCCCGAGCUGGCCGACUUUCUGCGGCCCAUCGCCAAGUGCAGCAUCGAGUUCGAGCCGUACCUGCCGCCGGAACCGGCCCCGCGCCGGCCAAACUUUGACAACUUUGCCCACAUUAUGGACGUGUUCGGGAAGAUCGAUGUGGGGGCGUGAAGGAAACUCGUGAUUGUGUUAAGUUAUGACUUACGACAGUAUAUGUAUUAAG